AAGCUGCGGUUGUGUCGGAGUUAACUUGACACCUGAAGCGAAGGAAUUCAGUUUGAAAGAAAAAACAAACCAGGAAGUUCAGCGGAGGAGGAAACCUGUUGAGUUCAGAGGAGCAUCAGACUUCGGAGACUUAGAAACAGCUUUUAAAACGUUUUAAAUAAUAGGGUCAAAUUUAGGCCAGGUUGAUCCAUCGAGCAGCCGUCGGAGGGUUUUGUUUCCAACAAGAUGGACACUGAUCCGGAGCAGGGAGGAGUGGAGGCAGCACCGGAGCCCAAGGACAAGGUGCAGACAUUGAAGGACCAGGUAGAUGGAGUGAAAGACAUCAUGACACAGAAUGUGGACCGGAUCCUGGCCCGAGGAGAGAGGCUGGACGACCUCAUGGGCAAGUCAGAAGAUCUGCAAGCAGGGGCUCAGCACUUCAAGCAGACGUCUCAGAAAGUGGCUCGCUCCUACUGGUGGAAGAACGUCAAGCUGGUUGUGAUCAUCGUGGUGAUCGUCCUCAUCAUCGUGCUCAUCAUCGUCCUGCUGGCCACCGGAGUCAUCCCUGUCAGUGCCCCCGUGCCUCCUAUAGUCACUCCCACAAUCAAGCCUUAAACACGCAUGGACAUACACACACAUCAUGUACUUACAGACACGAUUAAAUCAUAAGCAAACACAUUCCUGUUGCACAAUGUUAUAUCUAGACUCCAGCAAUUCACUGCUGUUGAGUAAAGCAUUUAAUACUUAGUUUCUAGUGGUAACUUUCAGGAAUUCAGAUAUUUCCUUCUUUGGGUUUAAAGCACUUUAAUGACACACACUUUUGAAACUCUUUCAAACAACUCAAGCUCAGUCAUUUUUGAAUUAGUGAGAAUUUAAACAUGAUUAUGUGGAAAGUCUGAGAUUUUCACCUGACAGCAGUAAGCACACUGUCACUGCUCUCAAAGGACGCUUCAUUCCACCUCUGCCAGCUCCUCUUUGUUCCACUGAUUUACCACCAACAGUUAUUUCAUUCUGACCAAGAGCAAGUACCUUGAAUGUUUCUGCAUUAAAAAUAAUGAAUGCUGGUUCCUUCAGUUUCCUAAUUUGCAGUAUGUGAAAUUUUUUUGGUUAUUCGUACCUUUGCCAAGGAAAGCAUGUGCAGUUUAAAGCAUGAGAAACUGUGUCUAAGGGAACCCUGGCAACUUUUUUUCAACAUUGAAAAAAAUGCACUCUGAACUAACAGACUGAGGUCACCGUAUAUUUAAUGGGAGGUUAAGAUGUGUAUUGGAAUUGUAUGUUACCAUAUGUGGGCUUAUUUCAUUCAAAGUGCCUCUAGUUUCUUACAAACUUAGAUACAAUCUUGGAAAACAAUUGUUAGUUGAAUCUUUGCACUUAGCACUGCUUUAGUUCUUUAGCCCAAAACCCUGUGUUUGUGGAGACAGUUAUGAAGCUAUUUUAUGCACAGAGAAACAUCUGUUACAGGACAGGAGUGAAGUGUGUUGGGAUUCAGAAUAUCUGCAGUGAGUAAAACACCUCUGAAACUAGGAGUAUGUCUUUAUAUGUACUUCUGACUUUUAGUUGUCGUAAAGCUCAACUGAUGACAAGACAUGCAGUUUUGUCAUUGUGAAAUGCAGCAAUACAUGGUCUUUAGAGUGAAAGAGGACAUUAGUGCUGUGCAGCAUCAUCAGCCUUUUUAAUAUGAUCAUGUUAAUUAUUUCCACAACCUGCGUAUUUUUUUCUAACAUUCCACUUUGAUCCUUGAUUUAAUAAAUGCACCGCCACGCUUAUGUCUGUUCACACACUUCUAGUGUUGGAGGAUCUUCCUGCCAGCUGGCUGGGAGACAUCAUUUAGAGCCCCUACAAAGCUCCUCCAGCUGGGCUCAAGUCAACCAAGAGGCCCUCACAGUCUCGGCUCAUAACUGGAAAAUGAAAUUCCAAAAUGUGGCCUUUUUUCAGAAUACAAGUCAAAAGAUCUUGUGUGUCUCUCCUCCCACCUCUUUCAGAUGUUACAGACCAGUUAAACUUUGAAGAGGUCCAAAAGCUUCCACUUGUUCUGUAUAUAGUCAUAUUCUCAUCUAUAUGUAUAUUUGCUACAGCUCUUAACCAGCAUGUUAAUAAAUGUGUCUAUUCUUAAUAGGCUAUUAAUUUAAUGAUUAACUUUUUAAUUAAAAAUGGACCAAUGAAUGCUAAAUGUGAUCAAUGGUACAGAUCAAUUAGUCCGCUGUUGAUCAUGUUUUUUAGACUAGGGUAAAAGGGAGAUUGUUUUGGAGCAAAUUCUCCUAUAUGUGUCUGUUGUGUUUGUGUGGGUUUUUUUAUUUUACAUUUUCCUGGGAUGCAGUAGUCACUAAUAUCUUCGAGCCUCCUGCUGGUUGGAUCAAUACUGCAGCAGGGCCACAGGCUUACUUGUAUUCAUACAAGCUACAGCAGGUUUGUCACUGUGUUAGAAGCAUUUUCCCCUGUUUCUGAAAUAUGCAUUCUUAAAACAGAUAAAAGACUCCUGCUCAGCUGCUCUGUGAUGUAGCUCAAUAUUUGAUUAGCAGAAUUUGUAUUCAUAUGACUGAUGGUAUUUAAUGGUUUUAAUGGUCUGGUAUGAAAUAAAUAGUAUUUUCCUCUGC